AUGUGGACCAACGAUCAAUUGCAUUUAUUAAUUGCUGAAAGAAGAAAUAGAAAUGCCAAGUAUCACAAUAUUCCUGGAAGUAGUAGAGUGAGUUUUUGGAAUAAUAUUGCAAAUAUAAUUAAUGAGAGAUUUAGUACCAACUAUACGGGAUAUCAAUGCAAGAGUAAAUUUCAAAAUCUUGUAAGGGAUCACACUUUGAUGUGCCAAUAUAUGACAGGAAAUCGUGCAGAGUGUAGAACCAGAACCGGAUUUGAUCAAAUACAUAACGUAAACGCAUUCUCGAGAAGAAGAGAAGAAAGACGGCGAAACCAUACUUCACCACCAACCUACGAAGAAGUUUCAUCAAUGAUAAAUAUAAGUCACCACGAAACUACUAAUCGAGAUAAUGUAAGUAAUGUAAAUGAUGCGAAUGGGAAUUCAGACUAUAACACUAAUGAUAUAGGUAGAAAUUUAGAUAAUGUGACAUACUUAUCUUUACCUAAUUUGGCAAAUACUACUUCAACCCCUAAUAUAUUUGCAUCACAAAAUGAUAGUAAUAUUAGUAUGCCCGAUAUAGGAGGUAGCCAACCUUCCUGUAUGAAAAUAUAA